UUUAAUGCAAGAGUUUUGGGGAAAAGCUUUCAGUUGCAGGUUAAAUAACACAGAAAGUAGCACAGUCGGCUACCACCCAGAUUCCUGGCUUCGAGAAUGCACGGGGAAUGAAAAUCUACUUACAGCGCACAACGAGUUCACUGAUGUAUCUGAGUACAGAGUGACCUACAAUGUUUAUAAAUCGACCUACGCUAUAGCCCACGCUCUCCAUGAUAUGCUCAGCUGCCAAGAUGGGAAUGGACCAUUUGCCAACCACAGUUGUGCCAAUAUUUCAAAUUUCCAACCAUGGCAGCUUCUACAUUAUAUGAAGACAGUGAACUUCACGACAAAGAUUGGGGAAAGGAUUCAUUUCGAUAGUAACGGUGAUCCGGUCCCAAUAUAUGAUAUCGUAAACUGGCAACCGACAGACACCGGCGCUGUUACUGUAACAGUGGGGCAGUAUGAUGGAGCGGCGCCCAACGGACAGAAAUUCAUAUUAGACGAAGAAUCAAUCAUAUGGGCAGGAGGACAAUCCACGGUUCCAAAAGCUGUUUGUUCAGAAAGUUGUGAUUCCGGAACCCGGAAGGCACAUAGAAAAGGACAACCUAAGUGUUGCUAUGAUUGUACGAAAUGUCCACAAGGAGAAAUUAGCAAUACAACAGAUUCAACCGGUUGCCUUAAAUGCUCAGCAGAGUACAAGUCCAAUGAGAAUCGGGUUGAGUGCAUACCAAAAGAAAUCGAAUUUCUAUCAUUUGAUGAAAUCAUGGGCAUUAUCUUGGUGACCCUGGCAUUGGUUGGAUUUUGUAUGACAUUGCUCGUAUUUGCAACGUUCUACACUCAUAGAGAGACGCCGAUUGUUAAAGCUAAUAACUCAGAACUAAGUUUCAUACUUCUUGUUGCUUUAAUGCUCUGCUCUCUUUGUUCAGUUACAUUUAUCGGAGAACCAUCAACAUGGUCUUGCACGCUUCGCCACACUUCAUUCGGUAUCAUAUUUGUUCUCUGUGUGUCUUGUGUUUUGGGUAAAACGAUAGUUGUGGUCUUGGCGUUCAAAGCGACUCUGCCCAACAAUAGUAUAUUGAAGUGGUUUGGCCCAACUCAGCAGCGACUGACAGUCUUAAUUCUUACUUCGCUACAGUGCGUAAUAUGUACUAUCUGGCUCGCCACAUCGCCUCCAUACCCUCGGAAGAGUACGGAACAUUUUAACGAGAUAAUAGUUUUUGAAUGCAACCUUGGGUCUGAACUUGCCUUUCAUUGCGUGCUCGGUUAA